AUGGAGAUCCGACAGAAAACUAAUCCUGUCCGUGGCCCCUACAGGUCAUCCUAUGACAUUGAUGACUUACAAAGGGCCUUUAUGGCUGUAAAAGACAAUCAAAUGUCAAUUAGAAAAUCAGCAUUGUACUUUAAUGUCCCCAAAACAACACUUAUUGACAGGUUGCAUGGGAUAAUUAGUAUUGACACUGUGAAACCAGGCCCUGACCCACUGUUUACUCUUGAUCAGGAGUCUCUACUGGCAAGUCACAUCCAAACUAUGGGUGAAGUAGGCUUUGGGUACACCAGGCAAGAGACUAUAAACCUUGCAAGUGAUUAUACCUUCACCUUAGGCCUGAGACCAAGAGAAAAACCUCUUACUGAUCGUUGGUUGUACAAGUUUUUGGACCGGUGGCCAGAACUAAUGGUGAAAAAACCAAGAAGCCUUGAUAUAGCCCAUGCAAGAUGUGCGACAAGAGAUGCUGUGGAUCGAUAUUUCAACAAAUUGCAUGAAAUUCUUGUCAAGUAUGAUCUAUUAUCAAAACCCCAUCGGUUGUACAAUAUUGAUGAGAAGGGGCUCAGUCUAGAACAUAAACCACCAAAAAUUGUCUCAUCAAAGCAUGGCACAACUCCUGCCGUAACAGGUAGCAGAGGAAAAAAUGUAACUGUCAUUGGUUGUGUAAAUGGGGUAGGUCAGCAAGUGCCUCCUUACUUUGUUUUUCCAGGUCAGAGAAUGCAGCCAAGUCUGUUAGAUGGUGUGACACCUGGUACAAAUGGAACUGUUUCCCCAACAGGAUGGUCUAAUACAGAGGUGUUCUCUGGUUAUUUGAAAGAGCACGUCUUGCAAUACUUACCCCUACGAUCAAAAAAUGAACCAGUCCUGAUACUUUAUGAUGGCCACAGUAGUCACAUUUCACUGGACCUAAUACAAUGGGCUAAACAGGAAGAUAUUAUCCUCUUUGUACUACCCCCUCAUUGCAGCCACCUAUUGCAACCCCUAGAUGUCAGCUGCUUUGGACCCUUCGAGGUUGCUUGGAACGCAGCUCUACACAGCAAUUUAAGAGCAUCUGGGGGUCGUACACUAUCACGAUAUGAUGUUGCCAGUUUAGCUUGUAAAGUGUACAGCUCAACACUCACAGCUACCAACAUUCAAGCUGCCUUCCGCAAGAGUGGUGUUUACCCAUUGAACAAAAAUGUGAUAUCUGAUCACCAAGUGGCCCCAUCAACCUGUUUCCACGUUACAGCUGCAGGUGAUGCUUGUAGUAAAGGGUCUGAGCCGUUGGAGGAUAAUGAAAAGGCAGAUCAGUUUUUACAGGAGCGUGGGGGCAAGAUUUUGCAAAAUGUGGACACAGCAAAAAAACAAAGAAACACACUUAGCAAAGUUAGUUAUCAGAAGGGGAGACAUCUUCUUGUGCCCCAGUGCUCAACCAAUUAA